AUGAAUAAUCAAUCGCACUUGCAGCCGCAUUACACCUUACCAGGUGUUAUGCACUAUUUGCAAAGUGAAUUCACAAAGAAUGAGCGUGAUAGGAUCGCUUGGGAAUUGGAAAGAGCAGAAAUGAAGGCUCGAAUCGCUCAAUUAGAAGGUGAGAAUAAGGAUCUUCAUCAUGAGGUUAUGCAACUCAGUACUGGUGGCAGUUCGACACCGGAAAACGCGAGUGAUAAGAGUAAAUUAGGUAGUGGUGAUCUUACAGGGUUGUUGAAAUCGAAAAUGGCCGUACAGGAGAGCGUCAAGGAGAUAAUAUACUUAUUUAAGAGCCCCAAUGUUGCCACGCAGAUGAACUCUUUAAACGGGAAGAGGGAUCCUAUCCAUGAGUUGCAAAAGUUGAACUUAAAUCAGAAUCUGGAAAGUUCAAAUGAGCACUCUUUACCGGGUGCUCAAAUUCCUGAAAUAGAUUUGCAAAAAACGGAUCCUCAUUUUAGUGACGACUCUCAAUCCCAGGAUCUGGGUUCGGAUGCGGCUACGGUGGUGAUGGGAUCUGAUUCCGAAGAAGGCGAACCACAUGAAGAAACUAGGCGCCGUCGUUCUUCUUCUCUGUUCACAUCGGUAAAGGUGGCACCAGUCGAGUCGAUGAAAGGCGAUGUGGAUCAUUCUGAAGAUCUGGCAAAGAUCUCCAGCCUUUUCCAAAAUAAUGAGACCAUUCUUGCAACUGGUAUUACAAGACUCAAGGCACUAGGAAGUCAAGUACUAUCAUAUUCUCAAAAUGAUAAGCUUAAACUCUGGCAAGUUGAUCCAAGUCUACAGGUUAAUAAGGACUCGGGUAGAUCAUUUCAGGGAGUUGAUUCUGCCUUGGUCGAUUUCUACUGGCUGGAUUCGAGGCGCUUCCUAGUCUUUGAUGAUCAAAGUGUUAAGCUAUAUUCAGUUGCUAGUGAGACACCUGUUGUCAGCAAAGCGAUCCCUAGAGAUCUGGAGUAUAAGAAAUCAGAUCUAAUUGAACACGAUUUCACCAACAAUUGGUUCCUAUUCGUGUUCCGGAAGGCCAUUAAGCUGCUAGAGGUUUCGAGUACAUCGCCUGAGAAGCUUUCGCUGGGUGAAAGCUCUACCAUAAAUGCUGAGAGAGAAGUGCUUUCUGCAAAAUUCGGAAUGACAGAAAAAUCUUUAAUUGUUCUUUACAAUGAUCCGUUUGAAAUUGUAAUUUACAGUUAUCAAGGUAAAGUUCUACAAAGGAUUGAUGUUAGCAAGCAGCUAGCAUCUGUUUCAACAGGAAACACCAGACCACUGCUGAUCCUGAACAAGAAAAGCUCUAAAUUAAUGAUUGCGCUAGGCAAUCGUGUAUUAGUUUACUCCUUUGAUCAAAAGAAGUUUGUGCUCAACAACUUAUUGGAUGGCAGUCCGAUUAGCAUAAUAUUCAAGACUGUUAAAGAUACAGCAGCUUUCGCAUUCGAGGACGGUAACAUAGACGUAAAGAAUUUGAAAGACUUCGGCUCAGUCACCAAAUUGUCAAAGGGCGCUGAAUUCGAUUCGCAAGUUAAUGGUAGAGUCAAGAGCGUUGAUAGCACAACUGUGAACUCAACGCCCGUAAUAGUGUCUGGUCAUAAUGAUGGAACGAUCACACUACAAAAGCUCGCAGAACUCACUGAUAAUUGA